ACGGAUUCUUGAGUGAGUGAAAGACAUUUAGCACGACUGGAUCUCAGGUCAGCUGCGUCCGACCCAUCCGAUGAGCAGAUGAGUUUUGACAGCAUUUCUCUCACUUCGGUUUUGCCAUAAACUGAGGGAAAGUGGGCGCGCUCAAGGGGAUGGAGCGCGCAGCCCCGGGAUCAAGUUACAGUCCCAGACUUUACAAGGCGAGAUUUUUUUCUCUCCAUCAGAAAAGUGGGGGAUGGUCAGUGCACUCUCUGUUUGGUUUCUUUCAACUUUUACUUUAGAGAAAAACUCUGCUGAGUUUAAUUGUGCGUUGGAUGUUUUUACCAACUUUUCGCAGAACUUUUGCGCGCAGCUUUUGUACGAUGAAGAGCUUUUCAAUAGUUUGUAGGCCAGAAAAGAGGCAUACAAACUUUGGAAUCGGACGAAAAGACAUUUCUUUUGAUGGAAAAAAUGUUCCAUCAAGAAUCUAGGAAGUAUCGGCACUUUGGCUAUAUACGUUUUUAUUUGAAACCUUUGCGCGCAUAACCCACGAGUGGAGAAAGUUUAUUUGGAAACCUUUGAUGAAACAUCGUUACAUUGUCGCGUCUCCAAGAUGUCCUCCAAGCGCCUCUGCUCCAUUGUUGGAUGUUUUUGGAUGCUUUGGAUCUGUGCAGCCACCUCCACGGUCGUUCAGGCGGUCAUCUUACGCACAAAUGAAACUGUAUUCAACGACUUUUGUAAGAAAACGACAUCUUGCGAAGUGUUGAAAUACAAUACGUGUCUGGGGUCACCUUUGCCUUAUACGCACACGUCUCUGAUUCUGGCCGAAGAUUCAGAAACUCAGGAGGAGGCAUUUGAGAAACUGGCCAUGUGGUCUGGGCUGAGAAAUGCACCUCGCUGUUGGGCCGUCAUUCAGCCAUUGCUGUGUGCUGUUUACAUGCCAAAGUGUGAGAAUGGAAAGGUGGAACUGCCCAGCCAACACCUGUGCCAAGCUACACGCAAACCUUGCAGUAUCGUUGAGCAGGAGAGGGGCUGGCCAAGCUUCCUCAAGUGUGAAAAUAAGGAAAACUUCCCUAAAGGUUGCCAGAAUGAGGUUCAGAAGAUCAAGUUCAAUAUAUCAGGACAGUGUGAGGCUCCUUUGGUCAAAACUGAUAUCCAGGCAAGCUGGUACAAGGAUGUGGAGGGCUGUGGGAUACAGUGCAAUAAUCCCUUGUUUACAGAGGACGAGCACUCUGACAUGCACAGCUACAUCGCCAUCUUUGGCUCCCUUACUCUCCUCUGUACCUUCUUCACACUGGCCACAUUUCUUGCCGACUGGAAGAAUUCCAACCGUUACCCUGCUGUAAUCCUGUUUUAUGUCAACGCGUGUUUCUUUAUCGGAAGUAUUGGAUGGCUCGCUCAGUUCAUGGAUGGAGCCCGCAAGGAGAUCGUGUGCAAAAGCGACAACACCAUGCGGCUUGGAGAGCCAUCGUCCACUGAGACACUAUCAUGUGUGAUUAUCUUCGUCAUUGUGUAUUACUCUCUUAUGUCUGGGGUCAUUUGGUUUGUUAUGCUCACCUAUGCCUGGCACGCAUCGUUCAAAGCUUUGGGCACCACCCACCAGCCUCUGUCGGGAAAAACCUCUUAUUUCCACCUGGUCACGUGGUCUAUUCCUUUCGUACUGACAGUUGCCAUACUGGCCAUUGCGGAGGUGGAUGGCGAUUCUGUUAGUGGCAUUUGCUUUGUCGGCUAUAAGAACUACAGAUAUCGUGCUGGGUUUGUUCUGGCUCCCAUUGGGGUGGUUCUUGUUGUUGGCGGCUAUUUCCUGAUAAGAGGGGUUAUGACAUUGUUUUCCAUUAAGAGUAACCACCCGGGCCUGCUUAGUGAAAAAGCUGCUAGUAAAAUCAAUGAGACCAUGCUAAGGCUUGGUAUAUUUGGAUUCUUGGCCUUUGGUUUUGUUUUAAUUACAUUUGGCUGCCAUUUCUAUGACUUUUUCAAUCAAGCCGAGUGGGAGAAAAGCUUCAGGGAAUAUGUACUAUGUGAAGCUAACGUCACCAUAGCUCACCAGACCAACAAGCCUAUUCCAGAGUGUGCCAUCAAGAACAGGCCCAGUCUGCUGGUGGAGAAGAUCAACCUCUUCUCAAUGUUUGGCACAGGCAUUGCAAUGAGCACAUGGGUUUGGACAAAGGCCACUAUACUUAUAUGGAAACGCACCUGGUGCAGAAUCAUUGGACGUAGUGAUGAUGAGCCGAAGCGCAUCAAGAAGAGUAAAAUGAUCGCAAAGGCGUUCUCAAAGAGAAAAGAACUGCAGAAGGAUCCAGAGAAAGAGCUGUCCUUCAGCAUGCACACUGUCUCUCAUGAGGGACCUGUGGCUGGUAUCAACUUUGAUCUGAAUGAGCCAUCCAUGGAAAUGUCUUCUGCAUGGGCUCAACAUGUGACUAAGAUGGUGGCUAGAAGAGGGGCAAUCUUACCACAAGACAUCUCAGUGACGCCCACUGGAACAUCUGUUCCACCACCAGAAGAGAGAAAUAUGCUCUGGAUGGUUGAAGCUGAGAUUUCUCCUGAAAUGAUGAAAAGAAAGAAGAAGAAAAAGAGAAAGAAGGAGGUGCGUCCUACAGUGGAUGAAGGGAAUCCUUCCUACCCUCGCAGGGAGUUUGGCGCUAGUGCGGUGCCACGCCUCCCAAAGCUGCCCGGUCACCGGAGUCUGGUGGCUAACCUGUGGGAUCAGCAGCGACAACACCAGGAAGAACAGGACGUACUUCCUGGGGCCUAUCCAGAUUUCAGGCCUUCCUGUCCGCUUCCCUACCAGGAGAGGAGGUACGGUGGGCUGGGAUACCUUCCCUCCAAAUCACACAAAAAACCCUCUAGCCUUCCGCUUGCCAAUCCCUUGAUGCUAAGGGACAGCAUGCAAGACGACUCGAGACGCUUCCAACAGUCAUCAUGGCAAGCUAAUAGAGUUUUCCGGCACUUUGGCCUGGAGCCUUGUAUAAUGGAUGCUGGUAGGACUGAGAUUGUGCCACGAACGGAUGGCAGGAUGGGUGUACCAAUACACUCCAGAACCAAUCUUAUGGAGGCUGAGUUAAUGGACGCAGACUCUUGAUUUUUAAGAGUGGUUGGUGCUCAAUUUGCAAAAGCGAAAAUCUGCCUUGUUGGAUUAUAACUUUGCUGGCUCCAAUUUUCUUAAAGGAUAUUGCUUUUUCAAGAACCAAUUAUGGUAUUUUGGAACACAGACUAUGAAUUGCAAUCAGUUAUUUGAUUUUACUUUAUUAAGAAGCCAGAUAUUUAUGUGUUCAGACAUUGGCAACUUGGGGCUUUCAUGCCAUGUAUGAUUCUGCAUUGUUCUGUGGUGCCAAUUUCUUCUGUUUGUUAGCUGGGCUACGAUGACAUCAUUUUGACAACAUGUAUUAAACACAUUAGUGUGUCAUGGGGCCAGACAAUUUCUGAUCUUGCCUUAAAAGUGAAGUGUGUAAUGUCUGAGGCACUAUAGUCACCAAACAGAUUUGCAAAACUAAUGACUGUUUCCACAUUACUCUUUCCAUCUUCCAUUGGUUAAAACAGGUCGUCCCGCCUCAAACUCAUGCCAUUGGUUGAGUCAAUGUUGCUGUGUCCUUCUGGUCAGGAUGCUCAAACAAACAGCAAUGUUUUGAAAGCACUACAGAGCCACAGUGUUUACACUUUUCAGGGAAAUCAACCUACGAUAUGGCUUAUUUAAAGUCUCUGCAUAUUAGCUGGGAUAGGAGAAAGUAUUUAAAAAAAAAUACACACAUCCCCAUAGUGAAAAAGCAAUGUGUAUCAUCUGUUGUUUGGAUGAUGAUUUGGAGAAAAAUCAUCUGUAGGCUAACUUGUUUUAUUCCCACUAUAACAGAUCAUAUCGUUACUGGACCUUGUUGAAACCCACCUACUAUGACCUUGGCCACACUUCUUUAGACCUAAAGAAAAGGAACUGACAGAAGUGGUGGUACUUUGCAAAAAAGAGAAUUUAUUCAUAGCUGUUAUUGUUACUUUAAUUUAAAUUGCCUGGUGCAAUCACAAACAAGUCCACCUCUUUCAUUCAAAGAAUAAGGGAAUGUAAAGGGUAUUGUUCUUGUUCAUUUAAAAUAAGAUAUUAUUAGAAAUGAGUUGAUUGUAAGGUGAAAAUGCCAAUGGUUACAAAAGAUUUCCAUUGACAGUAAUGUCUGUACAGUGCUAUGAAAAAAAUACUAUUUUUGUACAUUAGAUUGUUUAUCCACCGGUCUUUUUUAUGUUGUCAUAAUGUACAUAUUUUAGAUAUCAUAGUUUUGUUUCUUACACCCUUUCGAGUGAUGUUUGGUUUUUGCAAGUUUUGUGUAAUGCACAUAUGGAGAUUUCAUGUUUUUGUUUCUUGUUGUGUGUUUUUUGAGAUGUUAAGUUCUUUUAUACUAUAUUAUUUUUUUUCUUUUUCAAUUUGUCUUAGGUCUUUGUUAAUAUCCAUGGCAAUAUUAUCAAUAUGGCAUCUGUGCAGCAUUUUAUAGACAAAUUAAAGCUGUCCUUCAAGAAUGUAUUUCAAGAAAGGGUUUAAUGAAGAUGCUUGUGCUGUGACUACAAUUAUAUUUUUCACAUCACUGUUGCUUUAAUUCCAACAUAAGAGUGAGUAUUUCUUCAUUAAAAAGUGUUCUGUUAGUGCCAACACAAAACAUUUUUUGUCAGUAUUUUCACAUGUGUGUCUGUGAGUGUAAUCUUGCUGUUUUCAUGCCUAUCAGUCUCAGACCGAAUAUGUAAGUAUUGAAAUACCAUCAUGAAUGAAUACUUUGUGUUGAAAUGAAAAGGAUUCAAAUUAUUAAAAUGUUAAAAGUUACAAGGCUGUUUUCAUCAACAACAAAAAAAAUUAAAAAAAUAGAUGGUCCAUUACCCCAUGUUACAUCAGACUAUAUCGGGUUUAAAGACGUCACUAAGUACAUAUUAUAAAACUUCUAAAAACUCGUAUCUUUCUCUCUUUGUUAUUUCUGUACCGAUUUACUACAGAGCUGAAUCUUCAUAACCUCUGAUCAGUUGAUAGCUGGCAGUGUUUUAAAAGAGUGGUCAUAUUUUGUAAAUAGUUUAUACAAAUAAAACAAAAAAUAAGUUUA